AGAGAUAACGGAUCGUAAAAUAAUAGUGCGAAAAGUGGUUGGAAGAACAGAUUUAUUUGUACUUCAUCAAAGAAAAGCAAAAAAUAGAAAGUUUGACAGGUUGUAAAACCGGUUUUAAUCAGUUUUUCGUCACGAUUCAUAGAGGAAAUUUGCUAAAUUGCAGAGUAAUUCAAAGGAUAUACACAGUAUAUAGUGGUGGAAAAUCCCUGCUGCGCAACCGGAAAAAUUAGCUUAUCGGAGAGACAGCUUGGUGUAUCUUCAAAUACAAAGACGUAAAAAUUUUACUAUUGGGGGAGUCGUGAAAGUGAUCCAACAUAAUAAUAUCGAUUUUUUACACCUAAAGAAACUGUAUACGUGACAAGCCGCACGAGCCGUGCUACGAAUCAGUGUUUACGAAUUAAUUCGAAGCUAGUGGAAGGUUGAAUAUAUAUUACGAAAAAAUGGCUUUUAUGAUGCCAGUGAUGAAAAACGAGUUUGAUAUCUACAAGGGCCGCCAGCGGCGCGUUUCGGAAUGUUCUAAUCAAAGUUCCUGCCGUUCGCGCAAAGUUUCCGAGAGUUCACGCUCGGAUUGUCCAAGUUUGUCAACGUCGCCAGGCAACGAGUUUAUGGCCGGAUCGCCGGCUCGUCAUCGCAGUCAUCCGGCAUACAUGUCUAAUCUCGCCUCGAGACCGCAGUUUUCCCGAAACUCAUCACGCACGUCGCAGACAUCGUUGAUUACCAGUCCGACAAAAGCGAGCACCGGAGGUAGCCCACCGAAAGCCGCUUCCGGCAGCCAGAGCAGCUUGAACAAGUUCCAUUUGCGGUUGGUGGACAAGCUGCGAAAAUCGCUACGGAAGAGCAAAUCUUCCGACGGGCGCUCAUGAGAAGACACGCCAAUAACCAACAGUGAACCUCCGGACGCCGAGACGGAUCUACAGAACGAAGAGGAACACGAAGGGGACGGGGAGCUGGCGCUAUCGGAUUUGCAAAUCACGUCCAAACCGCCGCUCCCCGACCGUUCCAGUACACCGGUGCGGGCAAGCCGAAGCAGUGGUAGAGCAAGGAACCGAUCCAGGCGUGGCACACUCAGUGCUCCGAGGUAAUUUUUGGCCGCGAGACAGGAAGGUGGAACCGAGUUCGUUCAGGGUGGUGUUUAGGGAUUUAAUCUUGUCGUCAGACCUACGCAAGAUAGGAAUAAUGUAACUGUAUAUUGACCAUAUAAUAGUACCAAUAUCAGAAUAUCAUCCAGGAAAAACGGGUGCCAUUAAGAAAAACAACGUUUUUACUAGUAGUUAUUUAUCCUCCAACGGAAAACGGAACCCACAAUUUAUGUGAACUGGAUUUUAUGUGUUAAAAGUAGCAAAAAGGGAAUGUAAAUUUAAAAGCAGCAGCUCUGAUAAAAUGCACUUUAAAUUAGAUUGAUUUUUUUCGUGCUUUUGGUUAAUUAUUUCUCAGCUAAUUAGUAUUUCCGCACAACAAACACGUUUUAGUUUCGUAAAAAAUAGUAAAUCCAUGUUUGGUUCGAUGAGCAUCGUUGUUCAAAAGUGACCAAAAUGUUCGUCAAAGAGGACUCAUCGUAACCGAAGCUUGCAUCAUAAUGAAGAAACAAACGCAAACCGGUCUCUUACGUAAUACGAAAUCAGCAGCAAAAAAGCGUACAGUUUGGAGAUUGAGCAACAUCUGCAUCAAUAAUCGAAUAUUCUAAACCAGUAAUGAAUCACAGUAAGCAAAAGAACAAAACAAUACAAGGAUCGUAAAUAGAGGGUAUAUUGCAAAAUCAUCUAAUCCAAAUCUGUGAUAUGUGCUUAAUACACAUAGAUUUUAAUUAGAUAUCUAAAAGAAAAAAAAACGAAGCAACACAUAAAUAUACACGACAAAUUUUUACUCAACCAUGAACGGCCGGAUAUUAAGGCAUCGUAUCUACAACAUUUUGCUCGAUAAUAUCGCAACAGAACGAAAGGGAAUAUGUUUGUUCAGGUCGUCAAAAUACAAGUCAUCCGCAUGCAUGCACUAUCACAUAAAUUAUCCAUAAUUGUUUAAAAACUGUGAUUUUGAAAGCAACCAGAAAGUACGAGUUACAUUAUAGCUUGUAUCAUUUUUAUUUUUAUUUUUCGUACGGCCAGUAGGUGGUGGUUGGGUUGUGAAAUCCACGAUGGGAGUGAGCGAGUACGUAAAACGUGCGACGAAAAGUGAAAGAUAGACAAAAUUGGAAUCUGCAAACUAAGUACGAGCAGAGAAAAAAAUCAAAAGCAAAGUGUCUAGGUAUGGCAUAGGCAAUUUGACGUUGGUGGUUGUCGAAAACUGAGGAAACAAGGAACGUGUUUUGUCUGUGACCGAACGUGAGCACAUUGCAUAUACAUAUACACAUAAAUAUUUACACGAAUACAAGCAUCUGGAAUUUACACAUUGGUAUAUAAAUUACUUACUCGCUACCUAAAAAGGAAUUGAUGUACAUGUUUCAGCAAACUAUGCAAUAUCCAGCUAUUCAUGUUUCUUAUACGAUGGCAUUUAUUCUUGCCAUUGAACGUACGCUACCUACCUGUUAGCAAUAUUCGAUUGCAGAGACCAUUGAAAGCCGAAAUAUAUAAAUCUCUAGAAGCUAUUUCUUUAGCAUAUUUCUCGUUGAAUUGUAGUAUUAAACACACAUAAUCGAACAAAACAGUAACAGAAAACAAAAUCAAAUCUAUAAAACUAGAGAUAUCACGUGAAUAUAAGCUUUAUAUUAAUUGAAGACUGCUGCCUAGAUUUAAAAACAUAAUUUUUUACGUUAGUGGAACCUGAAAGUUACUAUCCUGUAUUUUAAUUAUGCAUACGAAUUUAACGUUACGUUUUGUGUAGCCAAAUAGCAAUAAUUAUUUCAGAAAGCUUAGUGUAUAGUGAUCAUUCAUAUAGCCAUUUAAUCACAGCUUAAAACAAGAAGUAGACCUCGACUGGGGAGUGAUUGGACUUUUCAAACUACUUAGGAGAGCUCAGAAGCUCUCCGUUUUUUUAUUUCCUUCAUUACAUUUAGCAAAGCAUAGCAAAACAUUCCAUUUUGCCAAAAGAAUAAGAAAAACAACAACAACAAGAAACUCAGAGGGAAAUCGGCAGAAGAAAAACAAUAUCGGUCGCCUAGGUUAACUAGGUUACAAACUGUUAUUUGAUUCAACGAAUAAAUUAUUCGACUCGUUUUUGUAUGCGUUUGAAGUUUGCAAUAGUAUUAAACAGAACAUUAUAUAAGUAUAUUUUAUAUCGAUAUAUAACUUACCGGACCUAUAUCUGUAGAAGAACUACAAUAUCGAUUAGUAUACAUAAGAAUAUUACUUCAAUAAAGAUUUAA